CAGCGCGCAGGCGCAACGGCGACGGCGUCGGCGGCGGCGGCGGCAGCGGCUCCGGCCGAGGUGCGCGCUGGGGGGGAGGGGGGGCCGGAGAGGAGCAUGAAUGGAGCAAAAUGGCGGAUCAUGUGCAGAGCCUGGCCCAACUAGAGAAUCUGUGCAAACAGCUGUAUGAAACCACAGACACAACCACUCGACUCCAGGCAGAGAAAGCCUUGGUUGAAUUUACCAACAGCCCUGAUUGCCUGAGCAAGUGCCAGCUACUCCUCGAAAGAGGAAGUUCCUCUUACUCCCAGUUACUGGCAGCUACAUGCCUUACCAAGCUUGUAUCACGCACAAACAACCCCCUACCAUUGGAACAGCGAAUAGAUAUUCGGAACUAUGUGCUCAACUACCUUGCCACUCGGCCGAAGUUGGCUACUUUCGUGACACAAGCACUUAUUCAGUUAUAUGCCAGAAUCACAAAACUGGGCUGGUUUGACUGUCAGAAGGAUGACUAUGUCUUCAGAAAUGCAAUCACAGACGUCACAAGGUUUUUACAGGAUAGUGUUGAAUACUGCAUCAUUGGUGUCACAAUUUUAUCUCAGCUAACCAAUGAAAUUAAUCAAGUAAGUGCUACAGCCUUCCUCAUUGAAGCAGACACCACCCAUCCUUUAACCAAGCACAGAAAAAUAGCCUCUUCUUUUCGCGAUUCAUCAUUAUUUGAUAUCUUCACACUUUCCUGCAAUUUACUAAAACAGGCUUCAGGAAAGAAUCUAAACUUGAAUGAUGAAAGUCAGCAUGGCUUGCUCAUGCAACUGCUCAAGCUCACUCAUAACUGCCUCAACUUUGACUUCAUCGGCACUUCCACUGAUGAGUCCUCAGACGACCUGUGUACAGUGCAGAUUCCCACCAGCUGGAGAUCAGCCUUCUUAGAUUCUUCAACCCUGCAGCUGUUUUUUGACCUGUAUCAUUCCAUCCCUCCUUCAUUUUCACCUCUGGUAUUAUCCUGCUUGGUACAGAUCGCUUCAGUCAGAAGAUCCCUGUUUAACAAUGCAGAGAGGGCCAAGUUUCUCUCUCAUCUUGUUGAUGGUGUUAAACGAAUACUGGAAAACCCACAGAGUUUAUCAGACCCAAACAAUUACCAUGAGUUUUGCAGACUACUGGCCCGAUUGAAGAGUAACUAUCAACUGGGAGAAUUGGUAAAAGUGGAAAACUACCCUGAGGUCAUCCGAUUGAUAGCCAACUUCACAGUGACCAGCCUACAGCACUGGGAAUUUGCUCCAAAUAGUGUGCACUAUCUUCUGAGCCUGUGGCAGCGGCUGGCAGCCUCUGUGCCGUAUGUCAAAGCCACAGAGCCCCACAUGCUGGAAACUUACACUCCUGAGGUCACCAAAGCCUACAUCACAUCCCGGUUGGAAUCUGUGCACAUCAUACUGAGAGAUGGCCUGGAAGAUCCCCUGGAGGAUACGGGGCUGGUCCAGCAGCAGUUGGACCAGCUGUCCACCAUUGGGCGUUGUGAAUAUGAGAAGACGUGUGCACUCCUCGUGCAGUUGUUCGACCAGUCGGCCCAGUCAUACCAGGAGCUGCUACAGAGCGCCAGCGCAAGCCCAAUGGACAUUGCAGUGCAGGAGGGAAGGCUGACAUGGCUGGUUUACAUUAUUGGAGCAGUGAUCGGUGGCCGGGUUUCUUUUGCCAGCACUGAUGAGCAAGACACCAUGGAUGGUGAGCUUGUCUGUCGGGUGCUCCAGCUGAUGAACCUAACAGAUUCUCGUUUGGCCCAGGCGGGUAAUGAGAAGCUAGAGUUGGCCAUGCUGAGCUUUUUUGAACAGUUUCGUAAGAUCUACAUUGGGGACCAAGUGCAGAAAUCCUCUAAGCUGUACCGCCGACUCUCAGAAGUUCUGGGCUUGAAUGAUGAGACCAUGGUCCUAAGCGUCUUCAUAGGAAAAAUCAUCACCAACUUGAAGUACUGGGGCCGUUGUGAACCAAUCACCUCCAAGACACUACAGCUUCUCAAUGACCUCUCCAUUGGGUACAGUAGUGUAAGGAAGCUAGUGAAGCUUAGUGCGGUACAGUUCAUGCUGAACAAUCACACGAGCGAGCACUUUUCAUUUUUGGGUAUUAACAAUCAGUCCAACCUGACAGACAUGCGGUGUCGGACUACCUUCUACACAGCACUUGGGCGUCUCCUCAUGGUGGAUUUAGGAGAGGAUGAAGAUCAGUAUGAGCAGUUCAUGCUGCCACUCACAGCAGCAUUUGAGGCUGUGGCCCAGAUGUUUAGCACCAAUAGUUUCAACGAGCAGGAGGCAAAGCGAACUCUAGUUGGCCUAGUAAGAGACCUGAGAGGGAUCGCUUUCGCUUUCAAUGCCAAGACCAGCUUCAUGAUGCUCUUUGAAUGGAUAUAUCCAUCCUAUAUGCCAAUUCUCCAACGGGCAAUUGAGCUCUGGUACCAUGAUCCAGCCUGUACUACACCUGUACUCAAGUUGAUGGCUGAAUUGGUUCAUAAUAGGUCCCAGCGACUCCAGUUUGAUGUCUCUUCCCCCAAUGGCAUCUUACUCUUCCGAGAAACCAGCAAGAUGAUAACAAUGUAUGGCAAUCGCAUCCUGACACUAGGAGAGGUCCCAAAGGAUCAGGUCUAUGCUCUGAAGCUCAAGGGCAUCUCCAUCUGCUUCUCCAUGCUGAAGGCUGCUCUCAGUGGGAGUUACGUCAAUUUCGGAGUCUUUCGUCUCUAUGGAGACGAUGCCCUGGACAAUGCUCUGCAGACCUUCAUCAAGCUGCUCCUCUCUAUUCCUCACAGUGAUCUCUUGGAUUACCCCAAGCUCAGCCAGUCUUAUUAUUCACUACUGGAAGUCCUGACCCAGGACCAUAUGAACUUUAUUGCAAGCCUGGAACCUCAUGUCAUCAUGUAUAUUCUCUCUUCCAUUUCUGAAGGACUUACUGCACUUGACACCAUGGUAUGCACAGGCUGCUGCUCCUGCCUGGACCACAUUGUGACAUACCUCUUCAAGCAGCUGUCACGUAGCACCAAGAAGAGGACCACACCCCUGAACCAGGAGAGCGACCGCUUUCUGCACAUCAUGCAGCAGCAUCCAGAGAUGAUCCAGCAGAUGCUGUCCACGGUGCUGAACAUCAUCAUCUUUGAAGACUGUAGGAACCAGUGGUCUAUGUCCCGACCACUACUUGGCUUGAUAUUGCUUAAUGAAAAGUAUUUUUCUGACCUAAGGAACAGUAUUGUGAACAGCCAGCCACCAGAGAAGCAGCAGGCCAUGCACCUGUGUUUUGAGAACCUGAUGGAAGGCAUCGAGCGAAAUCUUCUUACGAAAAACAGAGACAGGUUCACCCAGAACCUGUCAGCAUUCCGUCGAGAAGUCAACGACUCGAUGAAGAAUUCCACUUAUGGCGUGAAUAGCAAUGACAUGAUGAGCUGACACCUCCUUGGACUCUACCUGUACAGAGCAGCGUCCCUUUGGUUUGGCCCAGAGGGGCGAACAAUUGCAAGGGAGAGGGCCUGGCUGAUCCUGGCUCUUUUCUCCAGGGGUGUGGGGAAAAUGGCAAAGGUCAACUAGCAGCUUCCCCAGGGAAUAGGGGUGUGAGUACACUCACUAGGGGGCAGGGCGCUGCUGGUUCCUGGGGGACUGGGUGGGAAGGGUGGUGGGAGGAGAUAAGAGAUACAAACUGAGACUCCAGCCUCUCCUCCUGGGGCCACCCAAGUGGGGAGAACCCCUAGUGUCCUGCCACAACCUGCCUUGUAUAAACAUGUACAUUUUUUCAUAACAUUUUGAACAAGGUUUAUAUUGACUCAAGUUUAAAAACAAAAAGUGUGACUGAAAAAUUUUUACAGAGUCUAGUGCACCAAUGCUGAUGUGAGGGGUUGUGUAUGCGAGUGAAGAAAAUGUGUAUUCUGGUGGCCUGAAGCUUUACUGGACAAGGAUGUGUGAGAGUGCAGAGAUAUAUUUAGUGACACAGUAGAGAGGCAAAAAAAAAAAAAAAAGCUAAAAUUCCAAAUGUAUAUUUUUUCGUAUUGCCCUGUCCUCACCCAGAAAUGAUCAAUUCCUGUUACUGUAUUAACCCUUGUUAUUAGGAACUCUAAGCCAUGCCAGAACACCAUCCCUCCUCCCCUUGGACCGUAUAGAUUCUGCCCUGGGUCCCUAGCCCCUUGCAGUGAUAAAUAACUCCAGCUAAAAGUGUUUGGUGUUCUUAUCUCCACCCUCUUUCCUACUUUGCUUACCCUCAUCCUCAGACAGAUGCCUCUUGCUUUUAAAAGUUGGAUUUAACGACGUGUUGUAGGGUUCUUGGUCUGUGUGAAGGCAGAGACCAGAGAGAAGGAAGUGAGCCCACUGCUCUCCUGGGGAGCAAUGUGGGUGAGUUCACCAGAGGCCCUGCUGUGUGUGGCCAAUAAAUUUUAGUCUUCCCCAGCCCUCGAGGCAGUGUGUGUGGAUGUAUGCGUGUGGAUAUUUAUAUAUGUACCCUGCACUCAUGAAUGUAUGAACUGGAGGAAGUUACUACAGUGGAAGGGUUCUUAAUAACAAGGUCUACCUAGCAUGAAGUAUUUAACAUUCUCCCACCCCUUAAAAAAUAUACAUUUUUAUAAAAUGAAAACCAUAAUAAAUGUUUUGAAUAUUAAAAAAAAUAAUAACCUACAGAGGAAAAUUAAUGGAGAAAGCUAUUUGCCUUGUACUUUUUCCACAAUUGUUGCUGCUAGUUGUACACAUCUCUAGUUCAGCUCUUGCCCACGGGACACUCAUCAAUUAGGUUUUAUUUUUAUUUCUUUCCUCUACCCCCAGAAACAAGCCUGUUAAUUUUUUUUUCCUUCUCCUCUGGCGACUGUGUGAUGAAUCCUUUCUUGCGUGAUCAGGUUGCGGAUAGACUUGUAAGGGUGUUUGCUGCAUACAGUGUAAGCAUUGUGACCGCCAAUAAACUUCAAUGGUUUCUACUGA